CCGGUUAAAUAUAAGACAAAUACCAGUUUCAAUUUUUAGCAUAGUUUAACUAACCCUUCCCUCUGACGCUGAAACAAAAUGAAAAUUGAAUACAGUGGACGACUGGUUAGCACACGCACGUCACAUUACACAGAUAAAGGGUUCAAAUCCAGGCCUUCCUGUAUGGAGUUUGCAUGUUCUUCCCGUGCCUGCAUGGGUUUUCUUCUGGUACUCCCGUCUCUUCCCAAAAUCUAAAAACAUGCAGGGUAGUGUAACUGGAUACUUUAUAUUUUCCCUAGGUGUGACUGUGUGAAUGGUUGUUCAUCUAUGUGUGUCCUGCGAUUGGCUUUCAACCAUGGAGUGGCUAUUUGGGUACGAGGUGUACCCCACCUACUGCCUGAAGACAGCUGGGUUAGGCUCCACCACGCCCGUGACCCUUGUGAGGGUACGCGGAUCAGAAAAUGGAAGGAUAUUGUUUUUAUUUUCAUUUUUUUAAGAUUACCACCUCAUUUAGUCUAGGUAUGAUAAUAUGAGAAGCAAGACUGUCAAAUUAUUUACUGCCACUCAUUUGAUUGGCUACAUUCCUUUCACAACUGAGUGCACAGAGUCAAAUAAAUUGGAAUAAUCAGCUUUCCCCACACACAAAGAUUUUUGUUUGUAAAUAUUGAACACAUUUAAUACUGGUACUACUGGAGGCCUCAAAUACUGGGCCUCAAAGGGCUUCAAAAGCCCACAGUUCAGGAAUAUUAGCAACAUCUCCUGCUGACACCCCAAAACCAGACAGGGCAAAAACUGCAAACCUCCCUUUGGGGUAAGGGGAAUCCUUGAGAAAGGAACCAGGUGAAUCCACCUUCAAGGAUGACCAGGCUGUAAUGGAUUCUGAGUGGCCAAUCUGACUUGAUUUAUACAAAGUAGGACAAUCUAAUAGACAUUGUCGGGCUUUGGACAUCCUUGGUCGGGAGCAGGCAAAACCGGGACCAAAACAGCCCUAUUGUGUAGACCCAUCCUUGGGCAGCAUCAAUUCUGUGCCCGACCAGUACUUAGAAUUGGGUCAAUGUACCGUAAAACUCUAACAAACCAGACCUGCAGUCAAUAACAUGCUUUUGAUUGCGCUUGUAUUAUGUUUUCCAGGUGAGCUUCUUGGGACAGUAAUGGAUCGAGUGUGACUCCUUCCUCCAUUUUGCUAUCCCGUUUGCCCAUCUUACUCGGUAACUAUGGAUUCUUGUCAGCGAGGCUGCACACCAGCUGUGCGCCUUUGUCAGAGGAUGAACCGGUUGAAGACGCUGGAUGACGACAUGAUGACCACGUCACUGAAACGCUGUCUCUCCACCCUGGACCUGACUCUGUUGGGUCUGGGUGGCAUGGUGGGCUCUGGCCUGUAUGUCCUGACCGGCACAGUGGCCAAAGACACAGUUGGGCCUGCUGUCGUUCUGUCAUUCAUUUUUGCAGGUUUUGCCUCUUUGUUAGCUGCUUUUUGCUACGCGGAGUUUGGAGCACGAAUUCCCAAAACCGGAUCAGCGUACAUGUUUACCUAUGUCUCAGUGGGAGAGGUCUGGGCCUUUUUGAUAGGUUGGAAUGUGAUUCUGGAGAAUAUGAUUGGUGGUGCAGCUGUGGCACGGGCAUGGAGUGGCUAUUUGGACGCAAUUUUUAACCAUGCCAUCCAGAACUUUACUGAAUCCCACAUAAUGCGGUGGGAUGUGCCCUUCCUUGCCCAAUACCCAGAUAUGCUUGCAGCAGGGAUUCUACUGGUUGCCUCACUUUUUAUUUCCUUCGGAGUUCAAGUGUCCUCCUAUCUUAAUCAUAUAUUUUCCACGAUCAGUAUGUGUGUAAUAGUUAUUAUUCUAGUCUUUGGAUUUAUGUUGGCGGAACCGGCUAAUUGGAGCCAGAAGGAAGGAGGGUUUGCACCUUUUGGAUGGUCCGGAAUCAUGGCAGGCUCAGCCACAUGCUUCUACGCAUUUGUAGGUUUUGAUGUGAUUGCCUCCUCUAGCGAGGAGGCCAAGAAUCCACAAAAGGCUGUUCCCAUUGCCACAGCAAUAUCCCUUGGACUGGCAGCAACAGCCUACAUCCUGGUGUCCACAGUGCUUACAUUAAUGGUUCCCUGGCAUACGCUGGACCCCAACUCAGCUCUGGCAGAUGCCUUUUUCCGUCGAGGUUACAGUUGGGCUGGAGUUAUUGUGGCAGUGGGUUCCAUCUGUGCCAUGAACACUGUGCUUCUCUGCAAUCUUUUCUCCCUCCCUCGGAUUGUGUACGCCAUGGCAGAAGAUGGGUUGUUCUUUCAAAUUUUUGCACGCGUCAAUCCAAUCACCAAAGUCCCCGUCAAUGCUAUUGUGGUUUUUGGAUUCCUCAUGGCCACCAUGGCUCUCAUCUUCGAUCUCGAGGCUUUGGUUCAGUUCUUGUCUAUUGGAACCCUGCUGGCCUACACUUUUGUAGCGGCCAGCGUUAUCGUCCUUCGCUUCCAGCCAGAGAAAAAACACUCCAAAGAGACUUCAUCCACAUCUCCCAAUCCAAAUGCAGAGCCUUCCCCUGCUCCCUCAGAAUGCCAGAACAUAUCAGAGGACAGUGAGGAUCUGAAACAGUACGAGUCCUUCUCUGACAAGCUGCAGUUAGUGGACAAGCAGCAAACAAGGGAGCGCAGGGCGGUAGGACAGCUAAAGGCCUGUUGGGAACCCUACCUGGGCAGGCUACUGGGGAACUGCGAGCCAGGGGAGGUGGUGGCCCUCAGUGUACUGGGCCUGUUAGUGACCUCAGUCUCCUUUUCUGGCGUGCUUGUGUUUGGCCUCAUGCAGCUGCAGCUCCCAAGCUGGAGCUAUAUCACCCUGCUGGUGAUUUUUAGUCUUGCCUAUGUUCUCUGCAUGGCAGUUAUAUGGGUUCAUGAGCCACAGACUAACACCAAAACAUUCCAGGUACCUCUGGUACCACUUACUCCAGGCGUCAGUAUCCUCAUCAAUGUAUUCCUUAUGAUGAAGCUCAGCGCUCUAACCUGGAUUAGGUUCACUGUCUGGAUUGCCGCAGGUCUCUUGGUGUAUUUUGGCUAUGGAAUUUGGCACAGUAAAGAGGGAAGGAGGGAGUUGCAUCCCAAAGACUUGGCGGCUCGGUAUGUCGUGCUCCCCAGUGGCAGCCUGGUCGAAACUGUGGAGUCCGUCCAGCCCGAACAAGCAGACGCCACAGCCACCUGCAUGAACCCUGCCAUGACAACUGAGGAGUUUGCUGGAAGAAGAUGAUGCGUGACUGAAUCGAAUGAUUACAUCUGCCUGAUAUCUGCUCUUUCCUACCCUUAUCACUAUUUUUUUACACAGCUGACUGCCCUGUUGCUUUCUGUACCGUCUCUCUGCAAGUAUAAGUACACCAAAGCAUAGUAUCUCUGUCCUGUUUUGUUGUGAAGCAUAUUUGUAUAUCUUGUCAUACCCAAAUGCAAAGUUGAGACCUUUCUUCGUAAGGUGUAUCACAUCAAAGACAUCGAAAAUCAUACGAGGCUGUCGGGCAUAUGCUGUAUGGUGCUUUUUCUGUGACAACCUUUUGUUAGAUCAAGGGUUCUUAUUGUGAUUUUCUUAUGUACCUUUAACAUUCACAGCAAACCAAAAAUCUCAAUAGGACAGUUUAAGCGUACGUAGUACGUGUUGUAUUUUUGGAGCCGUUCAGAGAAAUACACUGUUAUCAAUUCUUCACUUUAAUCGCAAGGCUGACUAUCAGAUUUAGAGAAUGUGGAUCUCCCUAUGAAACUUUUCAACUGCCCUCGUUGUAAUGGAAUAUGACAAUUUCUUUCUUUUUUUUUUCUUUAAUGUUGUUUUCCCUUCAAGUUUUGUGUUCCAUCAACACUGAUUUUUCGUUUGUCUUUGUAUGGAAAAUAUGAACACACACAAUUGAAAGUGCAACAGUUCAGUGCUUCACCUAAUCACCUGCAUCACAUGACCCUGAUCUCGUUGGUCACAAUUCUUUUUUUUUUCCCCCUGAUGCACCGUUAAGCAGCAGUCCUUUCCCUUGUCAAUAGCAUCACUGUAGAUAUCAGAGCACAUUAUUACAUUCAGGAAAUUUGAGCACAAAUUGAAAAUCUUUUCAGAGAAUAUUUUUUCCAGAAACAGGUUAUCGUUAAAUCUGUUUUCUCUCUGUGAGGUCUUCUUCAUCUCAGAUUUGGAGGCAUCACCAGGCUGCGGUUUGACCUCUGCAACAGAAAUAUGUCUCCUAAUACAGGCUACUAUACAUUCCCACAUCUGCACUUGUGCUUACUGACGGGUGUCUAAUAUUAGUUUACAGUGGGGGUUUUUUUUCACGUCUGCUUAUAAAACUGACAGCCUUAAACAUGUGAAUAAAAGAUGAUAGAUUAAUCAAGUUAUCAGGAUGUAUACAAUUGCUUGAUUCUAUAAUAAAUUUAUAUACAGCACUUGCACAUUGUCAUUUAUUGUUUGUUAUUGUGUGUAAAACCAAAUACAGACCUGGAACAGAAUGUAAAUGUUAGUAUUGUUACAAAAAAGGUGUGAGGCCGCAGAAGAUUUGAAUUCUCUGCUUAUUUAUUUUUAACAGGGUGCACAGAUACUCGAUUAUUUUCCAAACGACCAAUGAGGAUUUUCCCGCGCAUCAGUCUCAAUUUCUCACGUCUGUCUGUAUGAAGGUGCUGUGUCAUAUACUGUCUGGAAAAUAAAAGGUUUGAAGCUUUAUUAAGAAAAAUCUACAUUCCUUA